CCGUUUUCUUUCUGGUUCUGUAGCCUUAAUCUUGUUCUUAGCCCAAACAACUCAACCUUAUCCAACCAAAAUCCCCACAAAAGCUAAGUCCUAACAACUCCCACGCCUUGUUACAUAUAUAUAUAUGGAUCUAUGGACCAUCAUCUUUCACUCACUAUCUCCCUAUCUUUCUCAUGGAGUCCCAUUCCUUAAUCAUUGCUUUCACCACUUUCCUUGCACUCUCACUGACUCCUUGGCCUGCCCUCGCCAAAGACCCUUGUAAUUUCCCGGCGGUGUUCAACUUCGGCGACUCCAAUUCUGACACUGGUGGCUUAUCUGCUGUCUUUGGCCAAGCCCCACCGCCCAAUGGCAGAUCCUAUUUCCCUGGCCCUGCCGGCCGCUACUCGGAUGGCCGCCUUAUCGUCGAUUUCAUAGCGGAAAGCUUUGGGUUGCCACAUUUAAGCGCAUAUCUUGAUGCAUUGGGAGCGAAUUUCAGUCACGGAGCGAACUUCGCGACAGCCGGUUCAACCAUUAGACUCCAAAACAGAACUCUUCAGCAGAGUGGAUUCAGCCCUAUAUCUCUUAAUGUUCAGUACAACGAAUUCUAUGACUUCCGACGUAGAUCUCAAACUCUUCGAAAUGGACUGGGUGGAAUCUUUAAGCAAUUAUUGCCAAAGGAAGAGAGUUUCAGUCGGGCCCUUUACACAUUCGAUAUUGGGCAAAACGAUUUGACGAGUGGUUAUUUUGCCAACAUGACUCUCCACCAAGUUAAACUCUAUGUUCCUGAUGUUCUUCACCAAUUCUCCGAGAUCGUCAAGUGGGUGCACAGUCAAGGGGGAAGAUUCUUCUGGAUCCAUAACACGGGGCCAGUGGGGUGCCUUCCCUAUGUACUGGACCGCGAGCACGUUCCAGCGUCAGACUACGACCAGUAUGGGUGCGCCACUCCUUUCAAUGACUUGGCUCAAUAUUUCAACCGUGGCCUCAAACAAGCCGUCGUGGAACUUCGCAAAGCUUUGCCCGACUCUGCCAUUACCUAUGUUGAUGUUUACUCUCUCAAAUACGCUCUCGUUUCCCAACACAAGAAAUAUGGGUUUGAGUAUCCAUUGAGAACAUGCUGUGGACAUGGUGGAAAGUACAACUUCAAUGUGAAUCUUGGUUGUGGAGGAAAGAAGGAGAUAAAUGGGAAAGAAGUUUUGAUUGGAAAAUCAUGCAAAAACCCAGAGGUUUAUGUGAAUUGGGAUGGUGUUCAUUACACUCAAGCAGCUAACAAAUGGAUCUUUAAUCAAAUUAAAGAUGGUUCUUAUUCAGAUCCACCUAUCCCUUUGAACAAGGCUUGUCACAAAACUUAAUCUUAAAACUUCAUAUUUAAUUAAUCCUACUCUAUAUUAACUAUUACCCACCCAUCCACUGCACUGCACCCCUUUCUUUUCAUCUUCUGAAUUUUUGGUGUUGGUUCCAUAAUUAUUAUAUCAAUAUCAUCUCAACCCUAACAUUUGACAUCA